AUGCUUGACCUCCUCGUUGCUGGACACGAGAUAGGUCCAUCAUUUUGGGCGAUACCAUCGUGCUUUUAUCAGCGUAGCGAUGACCUUGAAGGGGUAUUUUGCCUUCCAUUCACAGAGUCCUGCUCUGGUUCCAUAAAUGAAAUAUCUUACACUAUAAGAUACCCCGAGUACAGGCUACAAGAGGACAGAUGGGUCAUUCGUCAGACUGGAAUUUACCACCGAUACGACAAGACUUCAUCCCAAAGUCUCUUCGUACUGUUCAAUCCCACCCCACAAUCCCAAGCGCAUUCGCAGGCCGAGAAUUUACUGCGCAACUUUUGCCCCGAGAUUGAAUCCGAUCCUUUUUGGUUACACCGGCUCUUGUUCGAAACAUACUUCCCCGCAUGGAGGAAAUAUAUUGCCAUACACGAACAGCGAUUUCUGCCACUUGCAGGCAGUACGAUCGCCACUUUUAUUAGUGGGCCUUUGGCUGUAGGGUACGAUACCCUUAGAACAUUGACUGCCUUGCAGACUCGAUUUCUCGAAGUACCAGCCAUCUUGAAAUCAGCCACGGACAUACUCGACGAGCUUUGUAAUGUUAGUAGCUCCAGGUCAGGGGUCUCAACAAAUUACCCCGGAGUUCAUUAUUUCAAAAAUCACCGUCGAGAGUGCAUUGCAAUUUCCCAUAAUGCUUCACAUUUACAGCAGCGGGCGCAGAUUGUCUCAAAGCUCCUGGCCGACACUUUGUUGCUUCGGGAUCAGGUUCUAGCAAAGGAACAGAAUGCGAACAUGCUACAGCUGAAUAAGUCAGCAGUAUUCAUCACCACCUUGUCGUUGGUAUAUCUUCCUUCGUCAUUCUUGGCUACUAUAUUUGGUAUGAAUUUCUUCGACAUGGAUGAAGCCAACAAUCGCAUUGUUGGAACACCUAUGAUAUGGAUCUUUUUCGUCUCAGCUGCUGCCUUAACAGCAGUCACGUUCCUUCUAUACUACUGGCUAUUGCGUCGUGAUAGUGCAACAUUACGCGCGCUUGCACCGAAAAUACAAAGAAGCCAAACUUGGACAAUCGAAGGGGUGAGGAGGCGGUUCACAGGUGGCGGUGGCGCCAAUCCCAGUAUUGAGCUACAGGCUUGUUAG